GUCACCGCAGAUGCCAGGUAGGUGAUAUUGGUUCUUGACGCAGUAAAUAAUCGUAAAGUGAAUCCAAUGCAAGGUAUGCUGUAAGAAUUUAUCUGUAUCAGCUUGAUAUUUCUAAAUGUAUCCGUCAACUUUUUGAUCGAUUAACACAAGUGACCAGCUACAGCGUCAGUGAUAGGAAACGAAGCUGUCACACAUUUUACGAGCACGCCGACAUUUGUGCCAUAUUUUCUCUGUGCACGAAACCUGUGCACUGGCUAAACUAGAGCAGGCUAAACGAGAGGUUGUGUGAGCGCCAAAAACAACAGCGAUAGGGUAGGAAAGGAAUAAUGCGCCACGAACCUGUGACUCCUUCAAAACGUUAUGUGCCCUUCAGUGAUGCGCUUCGAAGAAGAUUAACGCCUAACAUUACGCUAGAUGCACGUAUAUAACCAUAUCUGAAUUCCACUUGACGCAGUACUUAUUAUGUAGCUAAUUAUUUUCUGUGCGAGAUGUGGUAAAUUUUGUGUGCUCUAUCUUAAGCCCAUCAGGGACAUCAGGGACACGUGUACAUGUUUAUUUUUCUCGGGUGACCAGGUUUCAAUAGUUAGUGUGUUCCCUUCGUUUACCUGUGGUGGCCUGGUGGACGGUUUCAACAUUGCGCCCCUGUCAACCGACAGUGGCGCCUUAAUGAGUGCAGUCUAAGCUACCUACACAACAAUUAGAGUAAACACAUGUGUUUUUAGAAUUGCAUGGAAUUUUAUGUUGGCGCGUUGAGCAUAACAUUUGUAGUAUUCUAUAUUUUGGCGUAACAUAACGGGAGGAAAUCGGGAAUACCGCGUCUUUCAUUGUCAUGGUUGUUAAACUGUACUUCUUAAUCUAGGUUCCACGUGGGAUCCUUCCAUGAGCACCCGGAGAUAUUUUGCCGCGCAAUAGAGCGGGCCAGGAUCGUGUUCGACAUAGCAGCAGAUAUCGGAAAACCUAUGAUGGUGCUAGACCUCGGAGGUGGUUUUCCAGGUGCACUGCGUGGGGAUCAUAAGUUUAUGCAGACCUGCGAGUGCAUCAAGCGGUCAAUCGAUGAACACUUUCCGGAAUCAAGUGGAGUGCAGAUCAUCGCGGAGCCGGGCCAGUUCUUCUGUCAAUCUGCUUACUUCCUCGUUUUGCGGGUCAUUGGCAAGAGACGCAGUGACGUAGUAAUCGACGGGGUUCCUCAUCGACAUCAGGAUGUCUUUCUGAAUGAGAGCAAGAACAACUGUAUUUCUCCCAUCUGCGACUUCAUAGACGUGAAGAUAAUGCCGUUGGAGGAGCCACGGGAGAGGCCCAUGGAUGUGUUAACCACACUAUGGGGUAGUACGUGCAACCCCCUAGACCGCAUCGCUGAUAUGAAGCUGUUCUUUGACGUGAAUGUCGACGAGUGGCUCGUGAUGGAUAACAUGGGCGCCUACACGUUGAGCUUUGUGAGCGGCUUCAACGGAACCGGAUUUCCCACUGUUCACUACAUAGCACCACCUUCGACCAUAGAUCUGGUUAAACAAACUGUUGAAAGUUCUCCCAUGCGCAGUGGCUACCGCCAGCCAGAAGAAGCUCUCAAGCUGAAGCGUGUACGGGACAAACCAGAACUUGUGUAGGGGAACUACUCUGCAGUCAUGUGACGUCAAGGUGAUACCAGCAGUCACCCGCACGAACUUCUUUACAAUACCUGUUGCACUAAAACUGUUCAGAUUACAACACCCACUUCGUUUUAUCUAAUGUACCAAUAGCACACCGAAGCUCUCGUUACGUUCCACGUCAUCAAGAAAACGAUUUUGUUGGAGACGUAGGUUCAGGCAAGCCUCGCAAGCAAGGAUGUCGUUCCUAUCUCGUGUCUCGCGACUUUCGCUUGUUUUUUAGUGGCAUGGUGCCACACUUUGCUUAUAGCGUAGAAUCCCAUUAAAGGAAACGUAAAGAUCCCGGAUAAUUAUGUUCUGUUUGACAGGAGUUUUGUUAAUUCAGAAAGACGUGCAGAGUUGAAGCACUAUGCAUAGUAUAUCAUCCGACCACUUUACAUAUGUUAAGUAUAAGGAAGUGAAUUUAGCAGCUAGUUUGUCUCGUGGUUUUGGCGUGGCCUACGGCUACUACAUUGAGAAGGCUUCGUUAGUUUGAUUUCGAGGAGGCGCCGGCGACGUAUAAGAACAAAAACACAGCUCCUGCCGAAGUAGUUGCCUAAUGACACGCAGUCGUGCUGCUGAGUAGGUCCCGAGAGUCCAAAUUAUGGAACGGUGCGCUUUAAGGCGUCUGCAAUUUCUGUUGUUUUACACGCAAGCGUACAUCUCCCGUCGGUGAAAACGGCGAGAUUAUGUGUGUCGCCGCGAGAGAAGCGAACGCCAAAGGUGGAAGGCGCUUGGAGGUGGAGUAGAGAAUCGCGCUCCGGGGAUGGUAUGGAAGAGCGCAUCCAGCGAGCGCAAAGCAUUUGACCCAUACAUACAUACAUACAUACAUACAUACAUACAUACAUACAUACAUACAUACAUACAUACAUACAUACAUACAUACAUACAUACAUACAUACAUACAUAAUACAUACAUACAUACAUACAUACAUACAUACAUACAUACAUACAUACAUACAUACAUACA